ACAGCAGCAGUGGAGGAGGAAAAAGAACAACAAAAACAAGAAGGAAUAAAUAAUCAACAUGUCGGCGGAUAUCAAGAGCUGCCUGAAGAUUUGCUUCCAGGGCGAGACGAGCUUCAUAAUCUGCGAAACGGGCAACAGCUAUGAGGAGGUCAUAGUCCAAGCCAUGGCCCGCUUUGGCAUUCCCGAGACACAAAAAGAAGCCUUGCUGCUGACCAAUGGCAAGGGGUACAUCUUUGAGCCGCAGCUCUUGGAAUACUUUCUGCUGCUCUUUCCCUGCCCGGAGAUCACAUUCUAUUUGCGUCUGAGCUGGCAGAAGCUGCGACGUGGCCACAGCCUGGCCAGCCAAUCUAUCAAGCGGAAGCGUCACACCGAUCAGGAGACAACGCCCACGGAUCAGACGCUGAAGCAGGAACAACAAGCGAAGGAGGAGCACCAGCCGGAGGAAUACAAGCCAGUGGCUGUCUAUCGCCAAAACUGUUUCCUCGGCUCAUUUCCCAGCACUGAGGCCGUUCCGGUGCGUCGUCAGAAUUGUUUCCUAAGAGAACAGCAGCCCCAGCCCCAGCCACAGCAACAGCAACAACUGCAGAGGGAGGCGGAGAUCAGUGGCAGCCGGGAGGAGCUGCACCAGCCGCAGGCCAAACGCUUACGUCUGGAUGUCUGUGCCAAGCCCAGGCGAGCUCCAUCCAUUAAUCCGCCGACUGGCAUGCGCUCCAUUCGCAUCUAGCUUGGACGCCACUUCAAAACUAAUUGUACAUAGCCCACUCGUACAUACAUAUGUACAUACCCUAAAUACUCAAUGUAUCAUAAAUGUAAGCAUAAAGGUUGAACCGCUGUUCCUACUAAGAUUGUUAUUUUGAAACCAAAUGAAAUCCAAAUAAAAUGUAAACAAAUUAA